UGCAAAUGGAGCCUGUCUCUGGCAUGGAAGAGGAACCAAAACUCAGACAUGUCGAGAAGGAUGUUUUGAUUCCCAAAAUGAUGAGAGAGAAGGCCAGAGAGCUAUGUUCAGAAAAAGUGCAAGCUUUUUCCAAAUGUUGUCAAGACUCAGGCUUUCUGAUGGUGGUACAAUGCAGAAAGGAAAACGCAGCCCUGAAAGAAUGUCUCACUGCCCACUAUACGAAUCCAGCAUUUUAUGAAGAAUGCAAGAUUGAAUAUUUAAAGCAAAGGGAAGAGUUCAGAACAACAGGAAUUCGUCCUGGUCAGAAGGAACAGAGAAUUCCUACCACAUCAAAGUAUGGAAUAUAACAUGAAUCCAGAAGUGCUGGCAU